AUGUGGUCGUAUUGGAGAGUCACCUGGACACUGGUCAUCCUCGUCACCACAGGUCUAGUGGUUGAAGGAUGUCACGAGAAGUUUGAAGUUAUUUCCGGCCACUCGGCCUGUUUAAGUAAAUCUCCGAAGGUCAGCGCAUCCGGAAUACUUCAAGUGGAGAAGACGGAGAUCGUCGCCCUACACAACCAUUACAGACAGCAGGUCACGCAUGCUGUAUAUAUGCAGAAGAUCAGGUGGGAUGACGAGGUUGCCAUGGUAGCGAGCAAAUGGGCAGAAAAUUGUAGAAUUGGUCAUGACCUGGCGUUGGCCAGGUAUAUCCCAGGACGGUUUUCUGUCGGACAGAAUAUAGUCAAGGGCUCCGCCAACAGUAAACGGAAUUGGACAUCCACGGUGGAGUCAUGGUACAAUGAAAAAAACAGUUUUACCUAUGGAGGAUCAAAUAUGCUGGGACAGGUCGGACAUUAUACGCAGCUCGUGUGGGCGGACACCUACCUCGUGGGCUGUGGCUUCGCACUUUGUGGGUCCCUGCCGUUUUACGUCUGUGACUACGGGCCGAGUGGAAACAUCGGCCAGUUUGACAAGCCUUACAACAGGACAUCCGGGUCACUGAGGAAACUAACUGAUUGUAGCGGGAUUAGUUGCCAUGGUGACAGAAGACUCACUCCGUCAUGCACGUGUGAGUGUGAUCCACAGCUCCACCCCGCAUUCACCGCAGGAAAGACCUGUCAACUUGACUGCAAGGUGAAGGACGUUUCAUCUACCUGCGGCCCCACUGGCACGUAUAAACAGACGGACUGUAAUAAUGCUUAUGUCACGUUUUACUGUCCACACAUGUGCAGAUCAUGUCCCUAUGCCGAUCCCCACUUCAUCUCCCAAUCAAGUGCUGGAAAUCUCGCCUUAAACGUGACUUUGCCUUCAUAUCAUACCACAGAACCGCCAGGCCGACUAACGAAUAUCAAACACGUCUGCCUUCAUAUCAUACCACAGAACCACCGGGCCGACUAA